GCCGACGUCCCUUUGUGUACUCGCGCGUCUGCGACGGAAAAGACCGAUUCGAACGUACUUGGCGUUUCGUGGUAUUUGGUUCCAUUUUGACGAAAAUACUCAUAAAUAGUCAUGCGAAUUAGUCAGAAUUAGUCGCCAGUGAACACCAAGAGCUCGACGAGAGUUGAACACGGGAUUUCGUCACCACAUUAAGGGCACAGGUAAUUUAGAACGAAAUUUUAAUUCAUCGUUCUCUUAGUUGCCCUAACCUGUCCGAUUCGACGCUAAUGCAUCAGGAUCGUCGAACCAGGACAGAAUUCUUCGACAUCUAGGAGGAAUAUGAGAUAAUCUCGACAUGAGUUAUAACAAGAAGGUAGCGUACUUCUACAACCCGGAGGUGGGUAACUUCCACUACGGGCCGGGCCAUCCCAUGAAACCGCACCGGCUGUCCGUGAUCCACAGCCUCGUGCUCAACUACGGCCUCCACAGGAAGAUGCAGAUUUACCGGCCGUACCGUGCCAGCACCCACGACAUGUGUCGCUUCCAUUCGGAGGACUACGUGGAAUUCUUGCAACGCGUCACGCCGCAGAAUCUGCAGGGUUACACCAAGUACCUGAGCCACUUCAAUGUGGGAGAUGAUUGUCCCGUGUUCGAUGGUCUCUUCGACUUCUGUUCUAUGUAUACCGGCGCCUCGCUGGACGGCGCUACCAAGUUGAACAACAAUUGCUGCGACAUCGCCGUCAACUGGAGCGGCGGGCUGCACCACGCAAAGAAAUUUGAGGCGUCCGGCUUUUGUUAUAUUAACGACAUUGUGAUCGCUAUCCUGGAAUUGCUUAAGUACCGCGCUCGGGUGUUGUACAUUGACAUAGAUGUACAUCACGGGGACGGCGUGCAGGAAGCCUUUUACCUGACCGAUCGUGUCAUGACCGUGUCGUUCCACAAGUACGGCAACUACUUCUUUCCCGGUACUGGCGACAUGUACGAGAUCGGUGCCGAGAGCGGUCGUUACUAUUCCGUAAACGUGCCACUAAAGGAGGGUAUCGAUGACACAUCAUACAUUCAGGUCUUCAAGCCCGUCAUAUCCCACGUGAUGGAGUUCUUCCAGCCAACGGCGAUAGUGCUUCAGUGCGGUGCCGAUUCCCUCGCAAACGAUCGACUCGGUUGCUUUAGUCUUAGCACGAAGGGACACGGCGAGUGCGUAAAGUUCGUGAGGGACUUGAACGUACCGUUACUGACUGUUGGCGGUGGUGGUUACACUCUGCGAAACGUUGCUAGAUGUUGGACCUAUGAAACAUCUCUGCUGGUGGACGAACAGAUCAGCAAUGAACUACCAUAUACCGAGUACCUAGAGUAUUUUGCACCUGACUUCACUCUACAUCCCGAGGUCGUGACCAGACAGGAUAACGCCAACAGUAAGCAGUAUCUAGAAGCGAUCACAAGGCAUGUUUGUGACAAUCUUAAGAUGAUUCAACAUUCGCCCAGCGUACAAAUGCAGGACGUCCCAUGCGAUGCGUUACCACCUGAGGAAGAAAGACAGCCCGAACCAGACCCAGAUUCCCGACAGAAUCCACAAGACACGGACAAGAUCGUCGAACCGGCGAACGAAUACUAUGCUGGCGACAAAGAUCAAGACAAGAUGGACGUGAGCGAUUCGUGAUAAAAACAAUAUUACGAAGUUUACGUGAAAAUGAUCGCGCGUUCGAUCCUACGUACAAUGUUCAGAUUUAACAGAAGAUUUAACAGAAUUAAAUACAAAUAUGCAUUUGGACUUUAUCAAUAUCGAUCAACAACAAACUGCUGUAAAGUGUGCUGAGAUUAUUUUCUACUGAUUCCAAGACACUAGACGCUAUUGUGCAAUUAUUGAACUUAUAACUUUUAACAAAACUAGUAAUGUAUGGAAACAAAACGAAGAAGUAUGUUAUCUGAAUACUUUUUUAAGUACGAAAAAGCUGUAAAUAUGGAAGCUGUACAGACUGAUUUCUUUAUACUGACGAUGAAAUAAGCAUAUUUUAUUUUCAAAUAAAUCUUGCAAGGAUUUUCAAA